CUACCCACCGUUCACGCGAUCAACGUUUUCCCUGUCAUCGCCGUUACCGGUCCUCCGCAUGACCGAAUCCCAGACGCCGAGAGAGGAAGCGACUCGACGCCGGACAGAGGCAUAGACGCAUAGUUUUACCUGCUGAUCUACCCUUCUAACUAUUGCUCCGAUACGAGGUCUCUGAGCCAUUUAAAGAGAGUUCGUAGAUUUACCGUGUGCGCAAACAGUUGUAGGGCUUCUUUACUCGAUGAAAACAUCUCCCUUCGUCCCUAAAUUUUAGGGCGCCAUUUCAAAUCGAGCUCCCUGCAUUCGCCCGGUCGCAGCGAACAAGUAUCUCCCUCAUUUUUCAAAUCUCCUCUCUUCCUUCCUCGUCCUGGCCCUGGUCUUCGCUAGUAGAUAGCACUCUGACCACCGUCUCCGAUUCAAUGGCCGUGCCGCAGAACUCCCCUGCUGACGGAAGCCUCGCUGCCGAAGAACGCAUCCAGCCGGAUGGGGCUUCUGCGUCCUCCCCCGCCCGGCCCUUCGACCGACUCGUCGUUCCGGGCCUCGAUGACGAUGCUGACAAUCCCGGGAAGCCGAAGACUUGCCAUCAGUGCCGGCAGAAGAGGACGGAUUUCUCAGCGCCGUGCGGGCAGAUCCGGCGGGGUAAACCUUGCCCCAUUAAGUAUUGUCAUAAAUGCCUCCUCAAUAGGUACGGGGAGAAACCUGAGGAUGCUUCUUUGCUGGAGAGUUGGAUUUGUCCCAAGUGCCGCGGUGAUUGCAACUGCAGUCUCUGCAUGAAAAAGAAGGGUCACCAACCGACUGGAAUAUUAAUCCACAGAGCAAAGUCUACUGGAUUUACUUCAGUCCAUGAACUGCUAUUGAAGCAGGGAUCCGAUGUUUUAAGAAGUUCAAACAGAUUAAGAAGUUCAAAAAUGGACACCUCUAAAAAGCUGUCAAUAUCUCCUAGAAGGAUCGUUGAUCAAGAGAAUUGCCUUGAUGAACUAAGGGAUCCUGAAUCUUCUGGAUCCGAUGAUAAAAACAUUAAAACAUCUGCACAAAAGGAGAAGAAAAGUAUUUCAAAGAAACGAAGGCAUGCAGACUCCGCCAUGUAUAAUUCUGAUGGCAAUGUGGCAUUUGUGAUUCCUCAGGGUCAAUUGUUAACAGAGGUUGCAGAGUCUGCAUGGGCAGAUGAGGAUGUAGGAGCAGCCUUGCAAUUUUUGGAAUUCUGCAAUGCAUUUUCUGAGGUACUUGAUAUAAAGAAGGGAGAACCAAAAAGUGUUCUUUGGGAACUUGCUAAAGGAUCUGUUGGGCGCAGAGGACAGUAUUCCUCUACUGUAAAGUUCCAUAUGAAACUAUUGUCAUUUAUACAAAAUGGCAAGGGUGGUGAUAGGUCUGUCUCAAAUUCAACAAUGAAUGAAGAUAAAUGGCUACAAUUAGUUAUCAAAUGUUUAAAUGACUCUGACGGUGACCGGAAGGCCCCUUUGGGUGUUUUGGAUGAGGUUUCUUUGGAAUAUGACAGUUGGAUUCCAUCGGAUAAGCUCCGACUCUUGAACCUUCUCUGUGAUAAGACACUAGAGACCAAGGAAUUGCGGGACUGGAUUGAUGGAGAGAAUCAAAGAUACAUUGAAAGGAAAAAGGAAGCUAAAGGAACAAUUGUUGCAGCUAACAAAAAGAAAAAGGAUUUAAAGAAAAAACUGAAGGACGAAAUGGCCAAAGCAACACUUUCUUUGAAUGGACCUAUUUCUAGUGAGGACCAUGAAAAUCUUAUGUCACAGAUAAGAGCAGAGACAGAGAAAGCACAUGCAGAGAAGCAAGAGAUAAUGGAACAAUUACCAAAGACAGAUUUUGAUAGCAUAUGCCGACAUGCUGUACGGACAGAGUCUAUAUACUUGGAAGGAGAGGGACAUGUUUAUUGGAAACUGGGAAGCUAUUAUGGUGGCUCCAACAUCUUACACCAAGUUUUACAGAGUUGGGAUUCGGUGAUGCUUGAGGAUAAAUGGUAUGCAUAUGGAGAAGAAGAAGAUAAAUUAGUGGAGAGAGAUAUUUCCUUUUUGCGGAAGAGGAACGUGGAAAGCUCACUGAGGCAAAAGUCAGUGCUAUUGCAUAGUGCUGGCAAUAAUUCCUCCAACGAUCCAUCUUCAAGUUGCUCUGACAUGGAGGGCGAGGAAGGUGCUUGUGGAAGCGGAAACUCAGAAACUGGGCAAGAGGCACAACAAUUGGAUUCCGGAAGUGGCCAGGAGAUGCAGCAAUUGGAUUCAGGUGAUUUCUCUCUGUCAUCAUAGAAAAAAAGAUCAAUCGUUGAGGCAAACUGGAUUGGAAAUCGCACUGGUUUGCUUCCUUUAGUGACCAACAUCUGUAAGUUUAUAAAAGGUUCAUGAUCUAAAUAUAAGAUAGGGAGGUGGAAAUUGUCUCAAACCUUCUUCUCCAGCAUUUGAUUCCACACAAGUAGCUUGCAAAUUGUCUCUAUUUAUUGCCAGAGUUGCCCCAAUAAGUAGCUCACCACCGCAUCAACAGCAUC